AACCCAACUUGAGGCAGCACAAAACAUGGAUCCCAUACGCAUGUUGAGAACCUGCCACGUGUUCCCGAUAUGGAGACGUAUGUCAGACGAACAGGAAGACGAGACAGUUGGCCUGGAUGAGCAGGUUUACGAUCCGUUAUUCGUGACUUUGCUCGUUGCCCAAACGCUUGCCCAUCACCCUCCAGCGCUUCGUCACUUGAAUGGGUCCAGACGUUGCGAAGCCUCGCUCGGCUUGUUGGCAAGGGUGUGGAAAUCGGUGGAGCCUUCGGAGAUGCAAGAAAAGCAGCACGCACUGUACAUCUUUAACUCCCUGAAGAACCUUGUCAAGCCCUCAUCCGAUGGUCCUCCCUCACGGCUGCCUUCGUUUGCAGUCAUUUUUUAUCCUUCCAAUUUCAUCUACCCACGCACGGCACGUUUCCUUCUCCAGCACCCAGAACUCGACGUGACUGAUGUGCCAAUGCUAUAUGGCAUACUUUAUGGGAGUUCGGAUGACUGGAAGAAAGGGCGUGGAUGGAUCGUUAGGUUCCUGUCCGACGGGAUGAUGACGCCAUCGCUCCCCAUUCUCCAACAAGCCGCUCGUGUGACGCUACGAUCAAGUCUAGCGUCGCAGACUUCAACUUUCCAUCUGUCGCAAGUUCUCACGACCGCACUCGGCAUUCUCGAACAGCUGGAGGCUUGCAUAGAUUUCAGCAAAUCUAGUUCCAUCAACGGACCUGCCAUCCCUUCUAAGCCGCCGUACCACGGUUAUGGGUUGCACAUCCAACUACCAAUAACUGAUCCCCUGCGUGCAUGGGGUAAUAUUGUCGAAGACUUACUACUAUGGCGGGCGAGUAUGACACUUGACGAAAAUUCCGCGCCUCUGCCCCUGAGGAAUGUUUUUCGUCAGCCGUGCUGUCGCGGUUCAUCCGCGUGGAAGAAGUUUUCGACUGCUGGUUCGAAUCCAUUCUAUACAUUGUUCAUCCUUUCAACUCGUCUCUUCAGUACUGCGGUCCUGGAUGCACGAUUAGUUCACUUCCUCAUGUUCCCCGACGUCAAGGAAGAGUACUUCGAUGAGAAGAACUCAUUGACUCGACCUGCGCUCGCCCAAAAGGUCCUUCAAGUUGAUCCAGCGUUGACGCCGGUACAAGCGGCGAACCAACCUGUCCUCAAAAUUCGGGCGAUCUCGUCAACGUCCACCAGCGUAUUGACUCGGAUGAGCGACUCUUUACCGUGCAAUAAGACGCAUGCACUGCGUCGAUUCAUUCGUCAGCCCAACUACCCUACUACUGGACACUGGCUUUUUGCCUUGGGCGCAGUGAUCAAUGAAUCAGUACGGGACACGUGGCGUCUGACUAUGACGGUAAACUUCAAAGUUUCUGCAUCUGUUCAAAGCGAGAUGUCAUCCCGCUGA